AUGGAUGCAGAUUUUAUGACCGAACAUCAUUUUACACCGUUGCUAGCGCUGAAGGAAUCCGGAAAGAAAAUAAUGAAACGAAUGCACGGUUCCGAACUCGAUAUCGGAUAUUUUCAACGCGAGACCAUGGAGUCGCGUGUUGCGUCCACGAUCGAAGAGCUCUAUACCAGCCGGCAACUGCGGCAAAAUUUCAACCUUCGUGGAAACGUGACUUUCGAAAACCAUGCCAACACACUGACCGAUGAAUCCAGAAUCGUCACCAACAUGAGCUCUCUCCGUUUGAAGCAGGAAGGACCUCGUCGCUCCGAGCGCCUCGCAAGACGAUCUCGGGACCCCUCUAGGUCAACAUCACGGGCGAGAAGGCAAAGAGCCGCACAGCCACGCCGACCUCGUCCUCGAGCAGACCAGUUUUGCGUUUACAAUCGGGGCCCAGACGAGAACAUUCCGUCCUUUCUCAUCGAAUACAAAGCCCCAUAUAAGCUGUCUCUCGCUCACAUCAAAGCCGGACUGCAGGACAUGGAACUGGACCGCAUCGUUCGAUAUCAAAAAGAUGAAUCUCUGGAGGAUACCUGCCGUCGUGUUGUCGCUGCAGUAAUUACACAACUCUCCCACUACAUGUACGAAGGCGGAAAUGAGUACAGUUGCGUGGCCACGGGCGAAGCAUUCAUAUUCCUUCGCAUGCCUCAUGAUAGACCAUCGACCGUCCUAUACUAUCUAUCGGUGCCGAGAGAAGAUGUUAACAACAUUACUGAUUGGCCCAAAGGUGGCAAUCGGCUACAUCUAACCGCAGUCGGCCAGCUCUUAGCUUUCACCUUGCGCGCUCUGCGAACUUCUCCACGGGAUAUGGCUUGGAGAAACUGGGCUACACGCCAGUUGGAGACAUGGGUGAUGGUGUAUGACGACUUACUGGAGGAGAUUGAGGAGAAGGACAUUCCAGCUUCUGAGUACAAGCCAUCGCCCAGCCAAACGAAUUAUUACCGCCAAUCCCCCGUGAAGACCAGGUCGAAGUCAGUGAUGGCCAUAUCCUGUGAGCCAACACAAGAGUCGCGAUUAUCAGAUCACGAAGACGAUGCCGAUGAUAGCUUGGAUCCAUCCACUCCCAGUCGAGCGCCUCGUGACUCUCAGCGUCAAGCCACAGCCGCCACAACCCGAAUAUCGACCAGAUCACAACAAUCGACUUCGAAAGGCAAGUCUCGAAAGUACUGUACUCAACAGUGCCUUCGCGGCUUGCGCUGCAAGGGACGACUGGAUAGGAAAUGUCCCAACGCGAGCGAGCACGGAACCGAUCGACAUCAACUUAAUACCACGAUGCUUAUCAAAUUGUUGGAUCGACAGCUCUCUGAGGACCCAGACCCUAAUAAAGAGCUCGGAUGCGAAUCACUUCACAUACAUGGUACACGCGGGGCUCUUUUCAAGGUCACUCUCUGGUCAUAUGGGUAUACCUUUGUUGGGAAAGGUGUUCCGAUCGACUUCAUCGAGUGUGCCAAGCGGGAGGAGAUGAUGUACUCCCAUCUCAGUGCGAUUCAAGGGCAGUACGUCCCAGUCGUCUUGGGCGGUCUCAAUCUUCGCCGACCGUUUUCAUACGAUGGUAUCGCCAUGAUGGUUCACUUGACUCUGAUGAGCUGUGCUGGGAGAAACCUUGCCAGACAACACGAAAUCGAUGAGGCGCAGCUCAUUGCAAAGGCUGAGACGUCUUUGCGUGCCAUUCACAACCUUGGUGUUCUCCACGGCGAUCCAAUCCCGGGGAACAUGAUAUGGAAUGAGGAGAACCGACGGGUGAUGUUCAUUGAUUUUGAGCGCGCCCAAUAUCAUAAGCGGAUACCAUUGGGAACUAUUGCUGCCAAUCAAAAACGGAAGCGAGUGGCUAGCAUCUGGGUUAAAAGCCCAAAUAAGCGACCUGAUUUCUUUAACCGGGAAUUGUCACGUAUGAGGUCUGAAUUACGAUCUUGA